AUGGCACAGGGAUUACCAGUGUUCUCUAAUUUUGUUGUUAACGAGCCUGCUGUGGACACUAGAUGGAAAAAAUGGUGUCAACGUCUAGAGAAUCUACUAAUUGGUUUGGACAUAACUAAUGAAAAGAGAAAGAGGGCCUUACUUCUACAUUAUGCCGGGGAAGAAGUAAAUGAUAUUUUCGAUACACUAUCCGAGAUAGGUGAUGAUUACAAGACUGCUCUUUUGAAACUUACGGAAUACUUUGCACCGAAAAAAUGCACAGAGUACGAGGUGUACAAAUUUCGCCAAGCAAAACAAGAGUCAAGUGAGACAAUUGACACGUAUCAUACAAGGCUACGACAGCUCUGUGAAAACUGUGAAUUUGCCGAAAAAGACAAGGAAAUAAAAUCACAGAUUAUCCAAGGAUGUCAGUCAACAAGGUUACGUCGCAAAGCGCUGAAACAAGAUAUAACUUUGGAUGAAUUGAUUCAAGAAGCUCGUGCACUGGAAUUAUCUGACAAACAUGCUUCCGAAAUCGAACAUGGUACGAGUGAAAGUGCAAACAAGGUUACAAAAAGGAAAUUCACACCGACGAAAAUUACUGCAAACAAACCAAAUGUUAAGCAAAAACAUAGAAAAUGUCGAAACUGUGGAUUUGAAUACCCUCACAAGACAAAAUGUCCAGCGCAAGGUAAAGAAUGUUUAUACUGUCACAAGAAAAACCAUUUUGAAAGUGUGUGCCGCUCAAAAACAAUGAAAUCUAGGAAAACUCACAAUCUAAAUGACUAUUCAUCGAGUGAUGAUAGCGACCAAAGUGACAAUUAUGCAUUUGGACUAACUGUAAAUGCCAUGUCCAGGAGACCAUACGUAAGUGCUUUAGUUAAUGGACACAAUGUCAAGUUCCUAAUUGACACUGGUUCUUCAGUUAAUGUACUAGAUCAAGAGACGUACAACAAAAUGAAUCCGAAACCAAAGCUUCAAAAACCAAACUUGAAAGUAUUUGCAUAUGGCACUGAUUCUCAUGUCAAACUUCUUGGGAAAUUUGUGACUACCGUUGAAACAAAACAGAAGUACACUACAGCUGAAAUUUUGGUGACAGAAGGCAAAAGCGGUAAUCUGUUAUCGUAUCUUACAUCAGUAGAAUUACAAGUGAUUCCAGAAAUUCAAACACUGCAACAUAGUAAGGUCGAUGAAAUUUGCAAAAACUACAAUUCAGUAUUUACUGGUAUUGGGAAAUACAAGGAUAAGCCGAUUGACCUAAUAAUCGAUUCGGAUGUACAACCCGUGUCACAACCGCAUAGACGAAUACCUUUCCAUCAACGGAAACAAGUCGAAAAGGAAUUGAAGCGUCUAGAAGACUUGGACAUUAUUGAAAAGGUAGAAGGAGCUACAGACUGGGUUUCACCGAUAGUGGUAACAUCAAAACCAAAAUCAAAAACAAAUGAAAUUAGAUUAUGUGUUGAUAUGAGGUUGCCCAAUACAGCAAUCAAACGAACAAAACACAUCAUUCCUACAUUGGAUGAUAUGAUAAUUGAUUUAAAUGGAGCAAAAGUGUUUUCAAAACUAGAUCUAAAUCAAGGAUAUCAUCAGCUGGAACUCUCAGAAUCAUCUCGAAAUGUGACGACAUUCACAACACAUGUUGGAAUCAGGCGAUACAAACGUCUAAGUUUUGGAAUAAAUAGCGCUGCUGAAAUUUUCCAAAAUACACUACGCACUGCGCUAGAAGGACUUGAUGGCGUAAGAAACAUCAGCGAUGACAUCAUCGUGUAUGCUGAAAAUCAGGCACAACAUGACAAACGUUUAGAGGCUGUUUUGAAACGACUCCAAGAUAAAGGCUUUACGCUUAACAAAAAGAAAUGUGAGUUCAACAAGCGCAAGAUUGAAUUCUUUGGAUAUGUAUUUAGCGAAGAUGGAAUCUCUGCCGAUCCAAAGAAAUGUGAAGCUAUCAAAAAUGCUCAAGCUCCCACAAAUGUGUCAGAAGUACGUAGUUUUCUGGCAAUGACAAACUAUGUCUCGAGAUUCAUUCCAAAUUAUUCGACAAUAACUGAACCACUACGUCAAUUGAUCAAAAAAGGAGUAGACUGGAAAUGGGACAAGGAACAACAGGAUGCAUUUGAAACUCUCAAAAACAAUCUAAGCAGUAAUACUGUAAUGACCUACUUCAAUCCAAAAGCCGAAACUGAAUUAAUAGUCGAUGCCAGUCCAGUUGGAAUUGCAGCAAUUAUGCUUCAGAAUGGCAAAGUUGUCUGUUAUGCUAGCAAGUCACUUACUGACGUAGAAAAACGUUAUUCCCAAACAGAACGAGAAAAUCUAGCCAUUGUCUGGGCUAUUGAACAUUGGCAUAUCUAUUUGUAUGGACAUUCAUUCACUUUAAUCAGUGAUGCCAAAGCACUCGAACAUAUCUACGCGAAUCCUAAGUCGAAACCACCUGCAAGACUUGAACGUUGGAGAAUGAGACUACAAGCUUAUGAUUUUCGUGUGAAAUACAGAUCUGGAGAAUCAAACAUGUCCGAUUAUUUGAGUCGACAUCCAGAUGCUGCCAGUUCAAAACAGUCAAAACAAUCAAAACAUGCGGAAGAACACAUCUCAUUCAUUGCUCACCAUUGUGUUCCGAAGGCAGUAACAAUGAAGGAAAUUAUAAGUGCAACGCGCGAUGACAGUGAUUUACAAACAGUCAUAUCAAAUGUCAAAAGCUCGAAGUGGAUAAAAUCGCAAAUUAGUGUAAUUGAUACAUUUGCAAGAUGCAAAAAUGCUCUGACAGUAGUUUACCUUGAAGAUGGUGAAGUAUUACUUCAUGAAUCAAAGCUCGUGAUACCAAAAUCAUUACAAGAUAAGGUAAUUAAUAUAGCUCAUGAAGGACAUCAGGGUAUUGUGAAAACGAAACAGCUAUUACGUGAAAAAGUAUAUUUUCCAGGAAUAGAUAAGCAAGUCGAAAAGAAAUGCAAAAGUUGCAUACCAUGCCUUGCUGCAACGAAAACAAAUUCGUCAGAACCAUUGAAUAUGAGUGAAAUGCCAGAAUAUACAUUUCAACAUGUUAGCUUGGAUUUUGCAGGACCUUUUCCGAAUGGGAAAUACCUACUUGUUCUGAUAGACGAAUAUUCAAGGUUUCCAAUAGUAGAAAUUAUUAACUCAACCUCUUCAAAGACAGUCAUUCCUGUAUUAGACAAGAUAUUCUCAGAAUUUGGAAUUUGCGAAGUUCUAAAAUCAGAUAAUGGUCCGCCAAUGAAUGGACACGAAUUUGCACAAUUUGCGAAUUAUAUGGGAUUCAAACAUAGAAAAAUUACUCCAUUAUGGCCGCAAGCGAAUGGUGAAUGUGAACAUUUCAUGCGAUCGAUAGGUAAAGCAAUACGCGCAUCCCAUGCUCAGGGUACAUCUUGGAAACAAGACAUGUAUUCAUAUUUACGAAAUUACCGUGCUACACCACAUGCUUCCACACACAUUUCACCAGCUGAAUUGUUUUAUGGACGUUCAAUAAACAUCAAAAUACCGAGUGUUCAAAUACCUUCAAAACAAGGAGAAAAACAUAAGAAAGCAAGACAAUCUGACAAAAAGGCUAAGCAAAAAAUGAAGUCUUAUGCUGAUACUAGACGUCAUGCAAAACCAUCAAAUCUGAAAAUUGGUGACACAGUACUUGUCAAACAAAAGAAGGACAAUAAACUAACACCACCAUUUGACCCGCGUCCGUAUGAAAUCAUUUCUAAAAAAGGAACAAUGAUUACAGCAAAACGCGAGGACAAGCAAAUUACUAGAAAUUCGUCAGAAUUCAAAAACGUAGAAAAUCCACCGCCGUUACCAUCAUCAUCAUCAUCAACAGAUAACGACAACAUUAUCAACAUACCGACUAGAAAUAAUUCUGAUUCGUCACUGACACGCGAUUCAACCAACUCACAACCUGUACGAAGAAGUCAGCGUGAAAGAAAACCACCUGAAUACCUCAAAGAUUAUGUAACGCAUUAA